CGCCCCUCCGCGGCCAUCAUCUCCACCGCACCCUUCCUCCUCCCCACCUCCCCCGCCGCCUCCAGAACCCUAGCCCCGACCCCGACCCUCGCCCCGCUCCGCCUCGUCUGCCGCUUCGCCGCCAUGGCCGCCGGCGCCGCCGAGGAGUUCGUCAAGGGCCGCGUCUUCCCCAACGGCGUCGCCGUCAUUACGCUCGACCGCCCCAAGGCCCUCAACGCCAUGAACCUCGAAAUGGACAUUAGAUACAAGGCACUUCUUGAUGAAUGGGAAACAAAUCCAAGUGUCAAGUGUAUUCUUGUGGAAAGCAGCUCUCCCCGUGCCUUCUCAGCUGGGAUGGAUAUUAAGGGUGUUGCCGCAGAAAUACAGAAGGACAAAAGUGGGGAUGUGAAGAGACUUGCUAAUGAUUGCACAAUGCCAGAGAUAAUAGAGGUUUUCACAGCAGAAUACUCGUUGAUUUGCAAGAUGCAUGAGUAUGCAAAACCUUAUAUCUGCUUGAUGGAUGGAGUGACGAUGGGAUUUGGAAUUGGUCUGUCAGGACACGGCCGCUACCGUAUUAUUACUGAGAAGACACUCCUAGCCAUGCCUGAAAAUGGUAUUGGCCUGUUCCCAGAUGUUGGCUUUGCUUACAUUGGUGCAAAAGCCCCAGGAGGGGGUGCAGUUGGAGCUUACCUUGGGAUUACGGGAAAAAGGAUAUCAUCACCUGCUGAUGCUAUAUUCAUAGGCCUUGGUACUCACUAUGUACCUUCUGGAAGUUUGGGGUCUCUGAAGGAAUCCCUCUUGAGUGCUAACUUUACAAAUGAUCCACACAGAGACGUUGAGUCAGUCCUGACAGGAUACAAGAAAGAACCAGAAUCUGAGCCACAACUAGAAAAGUUUUUACCACAUAUCAUUUCUUCUUUCAGUCCUGAUAAGUCAGUUGCUGAAUCUGUGGAAGAGCUAAAGAAAUGUAGUCAAAGUGGUGAUGCUGCAGUGGCAGAAUGGGCCAAUGAAGCUUUAGCAGGAAUUAAGAAAGGUGCUCCAUUUUCUCUUUGUUUAACACAAAGGCAUUUCUCUCAAGUUGCAUCAGCGUACAGGAAUAGUGAACACUAUUUAUCUAAGCUGGCUGGUGUUAUGAAAAUGGAAUAUCGCAUUGCUUUGAGGUCGUCGGUUAGAAAUGAUUUUGUUGAAGGUGUACGUGCUGUUUUAGUUGACAAGGACCAGAAUCCAAAGUGGAAUCCAGCAUCUCUGGAAGAAGUAAACAUGGGUGAGGUUGAAUCAGUUUUCGAGCCAUUAGGGGCCGAGGCUGAGUUGAGUGUGUGAGCUUUCCGUGGCAACAUACUACCCUUACCUGAUCUUCAGUUUUCUUAUUCAUGGUGCAAUAAGAAGCGAUAAACAGAGAUACCUGCCUACUGAACCAAUAUAUAAUGUUUCUUCAGGAACUAAUGAAGUGGCACUGAGGAUCCAGGUCUGUAGUUUGCCCUUUUGUUCCCAUAUAUGUUCCCCCUGUUUGGCACAGUGGCACGAUGAUGACUUGGUGAUUCUAGAAGAGCUUUGCCACUGGGCAGCGAUUUACAAAUACGUGUAGUUUCAAAGAAACUGGGGCACAGAAACCAUGGGUUCGGCCAGCAGAUUUCGAAGGCAUGUCUAGAACAACUUUA